AUGGCCACGCCCCAAAGAAGUAAACGUUCAGGUCAAAAUAGUGCCGCUAGGACUGCUCGUUCGGGUAUGAAAGAUUCUGCUACCCGGUCAGAGGCUAGGGCCCCUGCACGUACUUAUGCCAUUCGAGCGAGGGAGGAAGCUACGGCUUCGGACGUUAUUGCUGGUACAUUCUAUCUUUUUGAUGUUAUUGUAUAUGCAUUGAUUGACCCUGAGUCCACACAUUCCUAUGUUUGCACUGCAUUAGUAUUAGAAAAGAAAUUAUCUGCUGAACCUACUGAUUAUGAUGUUCAAGUCACUAAUCCAUUACGCCAAAGUGUAAUUGUCAAUUCAGUGUGUCGAAAUUGUCCACUAAAAGUAAAAGACUGUGAAUUUCCUACUGAUUUGAUGUUUCUACCCUUUCGGGAAUUUGAUGUUAUUCUGGGAAUGGAUUGGUUAACAAAGCAUGAUGCUGUAGUAAAUUGUAGAGAAAAACGGAUUGAUCUGAAAUGUCAGACAGGGGAAGUAAUUUCAGUUGAGUUUGGGAAUACAGAAGACAUUGUUAGAAUUAUUUCAGCCUUUCCAGCUCAGAGAUUAUUGCAUAAAGGUUUACCACCUAAUCGCGAAGUUAAAUUUGUAAUUGAUGUAAUUCCGGGAACAGCUCUGAUAUGA